AUGUUUGUGGUUUUGGUACUGCUGUGUCAGCUACACGUGAUGGUGUUUGCAUUUCCUCAUUGCACAGAGAGAUUAAAUAACCUGAAGCAUGAACGGAAAGAAGUGUUCACAUCAGAAAAGGAUGCCAAUUUAUUCCUUGGAAGACAUCUUCUGAAUAACAGAUUUGAUUUUGAAGCAUUCACACCAGAUAACCUUGAAAGGGAAUGCUUUGAAGAGCUCUGCAAUUAUGAAGAAGCAAGAGAAAUUUUUGAAGACCCUGAUAGAACGAUGGAUUUUUGGAAAGACUAUUCAGUUAAAGGCCCUAAAAUAAAAAUAGAUGAUGAUACACUACAGAAGAUAAAUGUUACAGGACUUCUCAUCAGCCUAGUUGCUACUGGAGUAAUAUUAGUCAUAAUUGGACUUCUUAUUUUCUACUGCUGCAAAAAUAGAUGCAAAACAAGGCAACCACCAGGGUACUUGGAUUACGUAAGAAACAGAAGACAUAAUUCAUCUAACAUCUUCAGAAGACAUGAAGAGUUUUCUUUAAAUCCACUUCCUCAUAGAACCGAUGAUUCAGGACUACCAACUUAUGAGCAAGCAGUUACUGCAGGUGGACAACCUGAUGUGCCACCACCCCCUUACCCAGGGCCGACAAAAGGGGCAAAAGUGUUUAAAAAGUCUAUGUCACUUCCGGCCCCUUAG